AUUAAUCGUCGCCUGUCAGUAAGUUCAUUCAAACUUAAUCUUGCGUUUCUGCGAUUGUGUAUUGUUCGUUAUUAUCCAACACUGGCAGAAUCCGUGAUUUGCUCUCUUAAAAGUAAUAUGGAUGCGUCCUCGUAUUCGUACGAGGGCGACGUCUGUAUACAUACCGAUCCUGCAACAGGGUACCAAUAUCAGUGGAAUACCGAAGAAAAGAAAUGGGAGCCAAAGACCAGUACCGAAACCCAGGUCGUUGCUAAUGCCAGUACCGAACCGAAAUAUGAAAUAGUGGGAAAUACUUAUGUGUACAAAGAUGAAAAUGGAAGGCUUCUUGAAUGGGAUCUAUCAGCUAAGGAAUGGAAACCAAAGAUUGUGACAAAAGCAAAAAGGAUUGCAAAAAAUCCAGAUGAAGAGUUUGAUUCUUCAGAUGCAAGUGAUGAAGAGAAAUUGCUGGAACAAAAACGAAGUGUUAUCAGCCAUCAUGUGUGUGUGAAUAGCAAUGGAGUUAGAACCUACACUGACCCUUCAGAUGGGACUAUUUUUGAAUGGGAUGAAGAUAAAAAGGCUUGGUUUCCAAAAUUAGAUGAAGAAUUUAUUGCUCGAUAUCAGUUAAGUUAUGGUGGGAAUGCAAUUGCAGAGCCGGAACCAGUACCAGUACCAGAACCACACACGAAAAAGAAAGAACCACAGCCAAAAUUAGAAAAGAAACAAGCCAGUGAGCCAAAUUGGUUUGAAGUUGAUCAAACUAAGAACACUAAGGUCUAUGUCACUAAUCUUCCCUCCGACAUAAGUGAAGAAGAAGUGGUUGAGUUCAUGCAAAAGUGUGGAAUGGUUGAAAAAGACUUGGAAAGUGGAAAGCAUAAAAUAAAGCUCUACAGAGAUGAAAAUGGGCAGGUGAAAGGAGAUGCCCUCUGCACAUACAUCAAGGUUGAAUCAGUAGACCUUGCUUUGAGGAUUUUAGACGGGAGCGUUCUUAAAGGCAACACUGUUGGUGUUGAACGCGCCAAGUUUAUGCUCAAAGGGGACUAUGACCCAACGAAAAAGCCACGGAAGCGUAAGAAGAAGGAUGUAGAAAAGUUGAAGAGGAAGCAGGAAAAAUUGUUUGAUUGGCGACCAGAUAAAUUACGAGGAGAACGCUCGAGAAAUGAGAACGUAGUGGUAUUGAAACGACUUUUCAAACCAGAAGAAUUCGAUGUCAAUCCUGCUAUGUUGCUAGAAUAUCAACGCGAUUUAAGGGAAGAAUGUGCCAAGUUUGGACAUGUGAAGCGCGUGAUUAUUUUUGAUAGAAAUGAAGAGGGAGCAGCACAAAUUUUUUUCAAGACCCCUGAAGAAGCUGAUCGAUGUAUUGAAGUUCUACAUGGACGUUGGUUCGCAGGUCAGAAAAUAACAGCCGAAACAUGGGAUGGGCAAACAAAAUACAGGAAGGAUGAAACUGAAGAGGAAAAAUCAGCUCGGUUGAAAAAAUGGUCUGAGUUUUUAACUAAAGAAGAACAAGAGGAAUCUGAUGACUGAGUGAAUCGUAUGUAUGAAAUGCGGUGAACUGAAAUAAACAUCCC